AUAGAUGGCACUGGUAUGAGGAGUCAAAAGGAAACCUUCUUCGUAACCUGAAACACGAGCGGAAUUAUAAUGUUGCCAAAAACAUAAUUUUAUUCGUUGGCGAUGGAAUGGGACUGACCACUGUCACAGCUGCCCGCAUUCUGCGUGGUCAACAUCGUGGCCAGUCUGGGGAAGAAAACAGCCUAGCUUUCGACAAGUUUGAACACGUAGCUUUGGCGAAGACAUACAACAUCGACAGUCAAGUGGGAGACUCAGGAGCUUGUGCCACUGCCUUACUGAGUGGGGUAAAAAGCCGCUACGAAACAUUGGGUCUGGACGACAGUGGACUUUAUGAAAACUGUUUAUCUAGCAUCACCGCCAGGAUCCCUUGCUUGACCGAUUGGACACAACAAGAAG